UAACGCCCUGUACGUGGAUUGAUUUUUUUUUUUCUCCAGCAUUCCCUCAGCUGAUGGAUUUUUGCCACUGCAGCUCAGCAGAGGGUGUCAGAUCUUUCAGUGUGCACCAGGUUGAAACGAGCAGAGCCUCUUAGCAGCUCUCCCUCUGCGUGCAUGUGAGCGUGUGCGAGCGUGCGACUCGGCAGCAGCGGAAGAAAGAGGAAAGAAGAGCGAGAGAGCGAGCGAGCGAGCGAGGAGGGGAGGCAGCGCGGCCGGCAGGGCGAGGCGAGGCGCGGCGCGGAGGCGGAGGGGCGGUCGUGGGGCGGUAGGGCGGCCCCGGUUCCGCGGCAGGCUCAGGCCGCCGGUACGGGCAUGGGCAGCCGCGCAGCGCAGCGGGGGCCGGCGCAGCGCGGGGCUGUGGGCUCGGCGGGUAGACCCUAGGUUGGGGCGCGCUUUCAGCACCGGGGCGCUGGACAGCGCCCGGCGGGCGAGGAGCGCGGCUCCGCGGGCGCGCAGCAAGGUCAGCCCUGCGCGGAGCCGCGCGCAGCGGCCCCCUCCGCGGCCAGCGCGGCGCUCUCCGCCUGCGCCGCUCGGACAUGCCGCGGGCCAGCAGCACCGAUCCCGCGGCGGUGAGGCAGCCCGCCCGGCCGCAGACCUCCGCUUAGGUGCCCGGGAGGCGUCAGGGAGGGGGACCGAGGAGGGGGAUUCUUUUAUUUCAUUUUUUAUUCCCACCUUCUACUUUUUUCCUUUUUUUUCUUUUUUUUCUUUUUUUUUUUUUUUUUUUUUUUUUUUGCGUGCCUUGCAGUACGUGCCUGGAUAGUUUGUGGAUACAAUUAUUGACGGGAAUCUGGGCUGUUGCAGUUGUACGUGUGGGGGAGAGAGGGAGAGAGGAGACAAGAAAGCAUCCCCCCCCUCUGCCGACCCGCCUUGCUCCCCUUCCCCACGUUUUAUUUUUCCUUUUUUUUUUUUUUUUUUUCCUCCCCCCUUGGUGGUGAUUCGGACAUUUAAUGUAUUGAAUGAACUGGAAUUCCUUUCUGUGCGAGGACGAUGGUUGCUGUUACUUUGUGAUGAGAUCGGGAAUGAAUUGCUCUGUUUAAAAAUGCUGCUUUGGAUUCUGUUGCUGGAGACGUCUCUUUGUUUUGCUGCUGGAAACGUUACAGGGGACGUUUGCAAAGAGAAGAUCUGUGCCUGCAACGAGAUAGAAGGGGAUUUGCACGUAGACUGUGAGAAAAAGGGAUUUACCAGCCUGCAACAUUUCACCGCCCCGACUUCCCAGUUUUACCAUUUAUUCCUGCAUGGCAAUUCCCUGACUCGACUUUUCCCUAAUGAGUUUGCUAACUUUUACAAUGCAGUUAGUUUGCACAUGGAAAACAACGGUUUGCAUGAGAUUGUUCCUGGGGCUUUCCUUGGGCUGCAGCUGGUGAAACGCUUGCACAUAAACAACAACAAGAUCAAAUCGUUCAGGAAGCAGACUUUCCUGGGGCUGGACGAUCUGGAAUACCUCCAGGCAGAUUUUAAUCUAUUGAGGGAUAUUGACCCGGGAGCAUUUAGGGACUUAAACAAGCUGGAAGUGCUGAUUUUAAAUGACAAUCUCAUCAGCACCUUGCCCCCCAACGUGUUUCAGUAUGUGCCGAUCACCCACCUCGACCUCCGGGGAAACCGACUUAAAACCUUGCCUUACGAGGAGGUCCUGGAGCAGAUCCCAGGCAUUGCUGAAAUCCUGCUAGAGGAUAACCCCUGGGACUGCACUUGCGAUCUGCUGUCGUUGAAGGAAUGGCUGGAGAACAUACCCAAAAACGCUUUGAUCGGCAGAGUGAUUUGUGAGGCUCCCACUAGGUUGCAGGGCAAAGAUUUAAAUGAGACCACAGAGCAAGAGCUGUGCAAAAAGAACAGAGUGGAUUCUAGCCUAGCUGCUCCCCCUGCUGAAGAAGAAACCUGCGAUCCUGGUCCCAUUCCAACUCCCUUUAAAAUACAUGGCAAAGAAGACCCUGCCACACCAGGAUCUGGUCCAAGCGGAGGUACAAAGAUUCCCGUCAACUGGCAAAUUAAGACCAGACCCACCGCUGCCGUGUCAACAGUCAGCAUGAAGAACAAGUUACCAGCUGCAGUGUCCUGCCCACACAUCUGCAGCUGUGAUCAGAUCCCUGGCUCGGGUUUAAAGGUUAAUUGCAAUGAUAGGAACGUGAGCAGUUUGGUGGAUUUGAAGCCCAAGCCAUCCAAUGUGCAGGAGCUGUUCCUGAGAGACAACAAAAUACACACCAUCAGGAAAUCCCACUUUCUGGAUUACCGGAAACUUAAUUUACUCGAUUUGGGCAACAACAACAUUGCCACCGUCGAGAACAACACCUUCAAGAACCUCUUUGAGCUCCGAUGGCUCUACAUGGAUAGCAACUACUUAGACACCCUGUCCCGGGAGAAAUUUGCUGGGCUGCAAAACCUGGAGUAUCUGAACGUGGAGUUUAAUGGCAUUCAGCUGAUCAUGCCUGGCACCUUCAAUGCAAUGCCCAAACUGAGAGUCCUCAUCCUCAACAACAACCUGCUGAGGUCUCUCCCAGUAGACGUGUUUGCUGGGGUCUCGCUUUCCAAGCUGAGCAUACACAACAAUUAUUUCAUGUACCUCCCGGUGGCAGGGGUGCUGGACCAGCUCACCUCUAUCACCCAGAUCGACCUGCAUGGCAACCCGUGGGACUGUACUUGCCCUAUCGUGCCUUUCAAACAGUGGGCGGAGAUGCUGCGCCCCAAGGUGAUUAUGAGCGACCUGAGGUGUGAGUCCCCCGAAGAUUUCUUCAAGGAGGAUUUCGAGUCUCUCUCCAAUGAUGUGAUUUGCCCUCAGUUAAAAAUCUCUCCCACAUUAACUUCUACUAACAAAAACAGCACCGGGUUGACAGAGACAGGUACUCACUCCAACUCCUACUUGGAGACCAGCCGGGUCUCUAUUUCGGUGCUGGUGCCAGGGCUCCUGCUGGUUUUUGUGACCUCUGCCUUCACGGUGGUUGGCAUGCUGGUGUUCAUUCUGAGGAACAGAAAGCGGUCCAAGAGGAGGGAUGCCAACUCCUCUGCAUCCGAAAUCAACUCUUUGCAGACCGUCUGCGACUCGUCCUACUGGCACAACGGGCCCUACAGCGCUGACGGGGCCCACAGGGUUUACGACUGCGGCUCCCACUCGCUGUCGGACUGAGGCGGCGGGCGGGACGGGAGCGGCCUCCCCCCGGGAGGGACCUGCCCUUCGCGCUCUGCCGGUGGGGAGGCAGCGCCGGCGGGGGACGGCUCUGCACCUCGGCGACCUUCGAUGAGAAACAAUAGAACACACGCACGCCUCCCCCCACCCCCCAAAGACCUCCAUGGCAAGCACCGAGGCCCCGUGAGCAGCGGGGGCAGCCCGACGCUGGGGCGCAUCCGCGCAGCUCCGCGCAUCCCGGCGCGGUGGCCGCAUCCCCCGCCCCUGAGCUGCCAGGGCAGCAAAGGACAAGCGAGGACCCUCUUCCUUCGGUUUCGGCUGGGCGAAACACGGCUCUCGGUUUUGUUGGGCUUUUGUUCUAUUGUGUUGGGCUUUGUUUUGCUUCUUUUUGCCCUCUUCCCUUGUGGACCGACCCCUCUCCGAGAGGCCAGGAAGAGGAGGGGGGCGAAGGAAAGGCUGGUGUCAGCCUCCUCCUGACAGCAAAGCAGGAGUGGAAAGUUGCACGAAGGCAUGAAUGUAAUGUAAAUAAAUGACUCCGAAACAGACAAAUGGACCAAAAAAAAAAAAAAAAAAAAAAAAAAUGUGCUGCAUGGCUCGCAUGGAUACAACGCACCCCAGGGACGCUCCAACCCCCGACUGGAAGCAGCGUCUAGUUCACACCAUCAUCCCUCUUACCUGAUAAGUCCCUUCGUAUCAAACCUUAUAUAUAAGAAAUACAGUAUAAUAAUAAAAAGUGCCAUUUCGCCAUUUUUGUGUGAUCAAUAGGCAGUAGAGAUCGUAAUUUUACCGUGGAAAACAAUGUAAAGGUUUUAUUUAAGACAUAGUUGCAUGAAUAUUCUCAUUGGAUUUUUUUUUUUUUUUUUUUUUUUUUUGGAGGCAGGAAUUACUUUGCUGGCAUAGAUUUGCUUUGUUGAUGGUGGGUUGUGUUUUGGUUUUCCGGGAGGGGGGAGGGGAGGCUUCGGUUUUGUUUUCUCUCUCUUUCAAUAUACAUAUUCAGUAUUGCCUUUCCAUCUGAAUGUAAAAAUUAGUACCCUUGAUUUCUAUUAUGGUAACAGUGUAAACAUACAAAAAAAAAAAAAAACCCAAAAAAACCAAAAACCCAAGGCAGUUAAGCAUGACCAAUUAAUGUCACUCUAGUGCUUAGGCUGCAAAGUUUAAUGGUAGAAAAUUCUGUGCUGUUGUAAAUCUUACUAUAACUUGAGGAAACCAGGACUGAGGAAGCAACUGAAACUUACUAAUUCUAUCCGAGGAUUUUAUAAUGGCAUAUUUUUUCAGCAUUAAAGUGAAAAUGUUUUCAACUCCGGGUCCUUACCAUUUUUCCAGCAUCAGUUCUUCACAAGUGGGUAAUUUGGGUCUAGGGGACAGAGCCUCCUUUCAGUGCUCUCUGUGUGUGUUUCUCUGUCUCUCUUUUCCUCUUUCCCUCUCUUCCCUUCUCUCAUUCGUUCACGCGCAGAGGCACAAACACCCUUCCCUCACCCCUUCCCCACUGUAAAUAACACACAGAAGUUUCCUGCCUCCUCCCCUCUUCCUCUCCUUCCUCUUUUUUUUUUUUUUUUUUUUAAUAUAUGAUGAGGCAGUGAAUCCCUUUAUUAACACUGCUGCCGCCGCCUCUCCUGCACACACUGCAGAUGUAUUAGGGAUGUUAGUGGGAGUUUGAUUUAAUUGACUCUACCUAGCUCCGUCUCAUUAAGACGGAGCCGGAUUUCAGCGCUCAGCAGCAGCACUUGGGGCCCGCAGGCAACUUGCGGUGUUGCCGGUAAGGUGGGGCUGCUGCGGGCGGCCGGGCUGCAGCAGCUGCUCCAAGUGGGAAAACUAAUUAACAAAGAGACUUUCCCAUCCCUGCUCUGGGUAGCUGCACCCUUUAAUAUUAAAUGCUGGGAAACUAAAAAAUCCAACACGGCGCAGUGCUGCAGCUGGAUUUCAGGCAGCUCGCAUUUGAUCCCGUUCCUGUACAGGAAAGUGCUCCUAAACUCGGUAAAAUCUGUAAAGGCGAAAGUCCCUGUAAAGCACUUGUAACUCACAGCUCAAAUCCCAGUGGAGACAUGGAGAAUUUCAGUCACGUUGCUUCUGGCUUCCUCGAGGCAGAGAACUCUUUUAAAGAGUAAAACACCGUAAGGGACUUGCUAAACUUCAAAUACUCAUUCGGUUUGCUUUAUAGAAAAUGCCCACCUUUGGGAUAUGUGAGGAGAAAACAAACAUACAUACAUACCAUUGCAAUAGAUACACUCUUGAAAACGAGGCAGAAGCCUGGUGCUGGGUGUUCAUGAAGUAUUAAACAUGGGGAACAGAUCAUUCAUCCAGAAUCCUUCAUCACCGCCUGCAGUCUCCUGGAAAAUACCUUGAAGUUUGGUGGUGUAGCUCUGAAAACGGGAUGUCCUGCUUAACUAUACAAACCGUCUCUAUCUUCAGGGCCCUUCUUUAUCCCUCUUGCUUCUUUGUUAGGCUGAUUGUUCUGCCAGGACAUUCUGUGUAACACAAAGUGAUGGCAGUAGAGGCACUAGUUUGCCACUGUGCAAACUACCAGAUUGAGAAUAAAAAGAAAAUGCAUUUACAUGUGAGCCAGUAUUUCUGUCCUCAAUAGGCCAUCCACAUUAGGUUAGGCACAGUCCAAACAAACAUUUAAGAAUAAUCCAAUGCACCUCUAUGUGACUACGUGUCUUUCUGCCUUCUCCUCAAUGCUGUGGUGAUAAAAUACAAGAACUGAGAGCAUUAAAGAUACAUCCCAUGCUAAAAAAAUAUAGUUACGUUACAAAAUAUACAGUAAAUUGAAGAUGUCAAAUCACUGCCUGAGAUCAGAUAUGAAUGCAUUCCAGAAAAUAUAAUGAUAAAUAUAUGUUAUUUUGAUUUGUCAUCAUGGAGAAGUAGCAUAAACUUAUACCUUUACCCAUUUACUUUCCUUAAAGUGCUAGUUCAUUGGCACAAUUAUACAGAAAUGUCAGUUCAAUUGAAGAGUUGAAGAUGUGCAUUUUUCACCCUGUUUCUAGGUUGGGGGGAAUAACAAAACGACCUUUUCUCCUUCUAUCUCAUUUUCUGAUUUUAGCAUUCACAUGAUUCUUUCUUCCAUCUUGCAGACACUCACCCUUAAGACACAUAGAUCACCUAACUCUCUGAGAUGAUAUGAUAAUUGCCAGGCUUUGAAUGAUGAUGCUUAUCUUAUUUGCAUGUUUAGCACUUCCGAGGUUAUUUUCAUCAAAACAAAACACUCCACCAAAGAGAAAAACAAGAUGAAGAAAGGGGAUGAUUGAGGAUGUAUUGAAAGAGAGUGAAGUGCAAAUGUGUUAAAUACAUUUAGCUGUAUGGCAUUAACAACAAUAACAAAAAGAAUUGUUUUAUUCAUUUUGAUAGUGCCUAACUGUUGUGGUAUACGUCUAACAUUGGAAGCCUAUAUAAUAUCCACGUUGUGUCAAAACAUGUGCAUUUUUUCCUGUAAACUUCAAAAGAAUCUCGUACCUUCAGGCAUAAGAUAUAUCACAAUAAGUUAUUUCUUAUCAUUUCUUAAUCAUCACAGUAAAGAAGUUUCUGUUGUUUUAGAAAGGACAGACAGGAAAGGAACAGAUAUCUUGUUUAGUUAAUUAAAAAAGUAUUUUUUUCUGCAAACACUUCAACUAAGAAUAGCAUAAAGUUUAAACUGUUUCCAUAGAAAUAUAUGCCUGUAUGCAUGGUAGCCUCUUGUACGCCAUUGCAGAAGACUUAACGGAACUCUAGGAGCAACCUGAUAAAAUUUUAAAUUAAUACUUA